AUAGAGGAAAGACAUGAUUGACCACCAAGCAGAGAGCAGAAUCCCAUCUCUGCAUGUUUGUGUCUCCUGCUUCGAAGGCCUUUCUCUUCCUCCUCAUCUCCUCUCAUUGGAAGGCCACACAGAUGAAGAUGGAUGACUGGUGCCACCCAGUAAUUUUCCCAGAUGCGCGGAACUUCCGCCCCUUCACUUCUGAUUCUCUGGCUGCAAUUGAGAAGCGGAUUGCCAUCCAAAAGGAAAAAAAGAAGCUCAAAGACAAGACAGCGGCAGAACCCCAACCUCGACCUCAGCUUGACUUAAAGGCCUCCAGGAAGUUGCCCAAGCUCUAUGGUGACAUUCCCCGUGAACUGAUAGCAAAGCCCCUGGAAGACUUGGACCCAUUCUACAGAGAUCAUAAGACAUUUAUGGUGUUGAACAAAAAGAGAACAAUCUACCGCUUCAGUGCCAAACGUGCCUUGUUCAUUUUGGGCCCUUUCAAUUCAGUCCGAAGCUUAGCCAUUAGAAUCUCAGUCCAUUCAUUGUUCAGCAUGUUCAUCAUCUGCACUGUCAUCAUCAACUGCAUAUUCAUGGCCACAGCUCAUGGGAAAGACAACAUUAUAGAUACUGACCUUGCUGAGUAUAUCUUCACUGGGAUUUAUAUUUUUGAAGCUUUGAUAAAAAUAUUGGCAAGAGGUUUUAUCCUGGAUGAGUUUUCUUUUCUUCGAGAUCCAUGGAACUGGCUGGACUCCAUUGUCAUUGCAACAGCGUUUGUGUCAUUAUUACCAUUUAUGAAGGCCAACAGCAUCAGUCUGUCAUCCCUGCGUACCUUCCGAGUGUUCAGGGCUUUGAAAGCAAUUUCAGUAGUUUCAGGUCUGAAGGUCAUUGUGGGGGCCUUGCUGCGCUCUGUGAAGAAGCUUGUUGACGUGUUGAUCCUGACUCUCUUUUGCCUCAGCAUCUUUGCCCUGGUAGGUCAGCAGCUCUUCAUGGGAAGUCUGAACCUGAAAUGUGUCAAGAAGGACUGCGAGAACAUCAGUAACCCUGACGACUAUUGCUUUGAAAAGAAAGAUUCCACUGAAUUCAGGUUGUGUGGCACCUGGUUGGGUAAAAGUGCCUGUUCCCACCAGUUUGCAUGCAUCCACACCAAAAAGAAUCCUGACUAUGGCUUUACAAAUUUCGACAACUUUGGCUGGUCUUUUCUUGCCAUGUUCCGGCUUAUGACCCAAGAUUCCUGGGAGAAGCUUUAUCGACAGACCUUGCGUACCUCGGGGCCCUUUGCAGUCUUCUUCUUUGUGGUGGUCAUCUUCCUGGGCUCUUUCUACCUGAUUAACUUAACCCUGGCUGUUGUCACCAUGGCUUAUGAGGAACAGAAUAGGAACGUAACUGCUGAGACGGAGGCCAAGGAGAAGAUGUUCCAGGAAGCUCAGCAACUGUUAAGAGAGGAAAAGGAGGCUCUGGUUGCCAUGGGAAUUGACAGAAGUUCGCUUAAUUCCCUUGAAGCAUCAUCUUUUUCCCCAAAGAAGAGAAAGCUAUUUGGUAAUAAGAAAAGGAAGUCCUUCUUUUUCAGAGAGCCUGGGAAAGAACAGGUUCUAGGAUCAGAUUCUGACGAAGAUUCCCCAAAAAAGCCAUACCUCCUAGAGCAAACCAAACGACUGUCUCAGAACCUGUCAGUGGAUUUCUGUGAGGAGCAUAGAGACCCCUUUCAAAGGCAGAGGGCGCUGAGUGCUGUUAGCAUCCUCACCAUCACCAUGCAGGAACAAGAAAAAUCCCAGGAGCCUUGCCUCCCAUGUGGGAAAAAUCUGGCAUCCAAAUACCUCAUCUGGAACUGUAGUCCCCAGUGGCUACGCUUUAAGAAGGCCUUGAGAACUGUGAUGACCGACCCGUUUACUGAGCUGGUCAUCACCCUCUGCAUCAUAAUCAACACUCUCUUCUUGGCCAUGGAGCAUCACAACAUGGACAAGGAUUUUGAGUUUAUGUUGCAAACAGGAAAUUUGGUUUUCACUGGCAUUUUUAUAGCAGAAAUGUGCCUAAAAAUCAUUGCGCUCGAUCCCUACCACUACUUUCGCCGAGGCUGGAACAUUUUUGACAGCAUUGUUGCUCUUCUGAGUUUUGUAGAUGUGAUGAUGCCGCAAAGUUUGCCAGUUUUCCGAUCCUUCAGAGUGCUGAGGGUCUUCAAGUUAGCCAAAUCUUGGCCGACUUUAAACACACUGAUUAAGAUCAUAGGCCACUCUGUUGGAGCCCUGGGAAACCUGACUGUGGUCCUGGCCAUUGUGAUCUUUAUUUUCUCAGUGGUUGGCAUGCAGCUGUUUGGCUCUAGUUUCAGCUGUGAAAAGAAAAAUCCAAAAGCCUGUGAUUCUACGACAUCCCCAUGUUUUCGACGCUGGCACAUGGGGGAUUUCUACCACUCCUUCCUGGUGGUGUUCCGCAUCCUCUGCGGGGAAUGGAUCGAGAACAUGUGGGAAUGUAUGAUGGAAGCUGAUAAAUACCUGUGCAUUGUGGUCUUCUUGUUGAUCAUGGUGAUAGGAAAACUCGUGGUUCUCAACCUCUUCAUUGCCUUGCUGCUCAAUUCCUUCAGCAAUGAAGAGAGGGAUGGAAACUUGGAGGGAGAGUCCAGGAAAACCAAAGUCCAGUUAGCCCUGGAUCGUUUCCACCGGGCUUUCCGUUUUGUGAUACGUACUCUGGAGCAAUUUUGUCGCAAACGAUGCAGGAGGCAGAAGUUACCAAAGCAAAAAGAGGUGACAGAAAGCUCUUCUGCAGAGAACAAAGACGUCAUUCCCCUGGUCACAGGGAUUAAAAGAGGCCCAGAGACCUGGGAAGAGUCCAGCGUACUAACUCCUGCACCAAAGCCCUUGAGUGUUAGGCCCGAUCGGACAUGGUUGGCCCCACUUGCAGAGGAAGAAGAUAUUCGAUCUCCUGUAGACAAUGAACAGCCUGUCACACAACCCGAGUCUGGGGAGCAGGCCUAUGAGCUCGAUCAGAAGGACAAGUCCACCAGUCUAAGAGUUCAAAAUGUGGAAAUUGAGGUGUUCUCUGAAGAUGAUGCUUAUAUACCAGUACAGAAUACCCGAAAGAAGUCUGAUGCUAUCAGUGUGCUCUCGGAAUGUAGCACCAUUGACCUGCAAGAUCCCUUUAGGCGGAUACCUGAAAUGGUUCCCCAAAAGGAACCAGAGAGAUGUUUUCCCAAAGGCCUGGCUUGCUGCUUCUCAUGCUGUGCUGUGAACAAGAGAAAGUCCCCCUGGAUCCUUUGGUGGAACCUGCGGAAAACCUGCUACCAAAUAGUGAAACACAGCUGGUUUGAGAGCUUUAUUAUCUUUGUGAUUCUGCUGAGCAGUGGGGCAUUGAUAUUUGAAGAUAUUCACCUUGGUAAACAACCCAAAAUCCAAGAAUUACUUAAGUGUACUGACAAUAUUUUCACACACAUUUUUAUCCUGGAGAUGGGUUUGAAAUGGGUGGCCUUUGGAUUUCGGAAGUAUUUCACCAGUGCCUGGUGCUGGCUUGAUUUCACCAUUGUGAUUGUGUCUGUGACUACUCUCAUUGACGUAAAGGGCUUGAAAUCCUUCCGGACUCUUCGCGCACUGAGGCCCCUGCGAGCUCUGUCCCAGUUUGAAGGAAUGAAGGUGGUAGUUAAUGCUCUCAUAGGUGCCAUACCUGCCAUUCUCAAUGUUUUGCUUGUCUGCCUCAUUUUCUGGCUUAUAUUUUGUAUCCUGGGAGUAAACUUGUUUUCUGGAAAAUUUGGAAGAUGCAUGAAUACAACAGCUAGCCCGGCUUUACUUAUAAAUUACACCAUUAUUGCAAACCGAAGUCAAUGUAUAAGUGAAAAUUUCACCUGGGACAACCUGAAAGUCAACUUUGACAAUGUGGGAAUGGCUUACCUCGCCCUGCUGCAAGUGGCAACAUUUAAGGGCUGGACAGAUAUUAUGCAUGCAGCUGUCGAUGCCAGAGAGAAGGAAGACCAGCCAGCAUUUGAGACGAACAUAUACAUGUACCUUUACUUUGUAUUUUUUAUCAUCUUUGGCUCAUUCUUCACUCUAAAUCUCUUUAUUGGUGUUAUAAUUGAUAACUUCAAUCAUCAGCAGAAAAAGAUAAGUGGCCAAGACAUUUUUAUGACAGAAGAACAGAAGAAAUACUAUAAUGCAAUGAAAAAGUUAGGAUCCAAAAAACCUCAAAAGCCUAUUCCAAGACCUCUGAACAAAUGCCAGGGUCUCGUAUUUGACCUGGUCACAAACCAGUUCUUUGAUGUCUUCAUCAUCAUCUUCAUUCUCCUCAACAUGAUUAGCAUGAUGGCUGAGUCAUAUGACCAGUCUAAGACCAUGAAAUCCAUCCUUGAGAAUCUCAACCUGGCCUUUGUGGUCAUCUUCACAAUUGAGUGUCUCAUCAAAAUCUUUGCUUUGAGGCAAUACUACUUCACCAAUGGCUGGAAUUUAUUUGAUUGUUUGAUCGUGGUCAUUUCUAUCGUUAGUACCAUGAUUUCUCUCUUGGAACACCAGGAGCACAUUCCUUUCCCUCCGACACUCUUCAGAAUUGUCCGCUUGGCUCGGAUCGGCAGGAUCCUGAGGCUUGUCCGGGCGGCACGAGGAAUCAGGACUCUCCUUUUUGCUCUGAUGAUGUCCCUUCCCUCUCUGUUCAACAUCGGUCUUCUACUCUUUCUGGUUAUGUUUAUUUAUGCCAUUUUUGGAAUGAACUCUUUCUGUAGAGUGAAGCAAGAGUCUGGAAUUGAUGACAUAUUCAACUUCGAAACGUUUGCAGGCAGCUUGCUCUGUCUCUUCCAAAUCACCACCUCAGCUGGUUGGGACACCCUCCUCAACCCCAUGUUGAAAUCUGAAGCUUCAUGUGACUCCAAGAAAGAGAACUGUCACCUCUCUACCAUAGCCAUAGCCUACUUUGUCAGUUACAUCAUCAUCUCCUUUCUCAUUGUUGUCAACAUGUACAUUGCUGUGAUUUUAGAGAACUUCAAUACAGCCACUGAAGAAAGUGAGGACCCUUUGGGUGAAGAUGACUUUGAAAUGUUCUACGAAGUCUGGGAAAAGUUUGACCCAGAAGCCACACAGUUUAUCAAAUAUUCUGCCCUUUCUGACUUUGCCGAUGCCCUUCCUGAGCCUUUGCGUGUGGCAAAGCCAAAUAAAUUCCAGUUCCUAGUAAUGGACUUGCCCAUGGUAAGUGGAGAUCGCCUCCACUGCCUGGACAUUCUCUUCGCGUUCACCACAAGGGUACUCGGUGACUCCACUGGCCUGGACAGCAUGAAAGCGAUGAUGGAGGAGAAGUUCAUGGAAGCCAACCCUCUGAAGAAGUUAUACGAACCCAUAGUCACCACCACCAAGAGGACGGAAGAGGAGCGAUGCGCUGCUGUCAUUCAAAAGGCCUUUCGAAAGUACAUAGUGAUGGUGAAGACGAACAAGUGUGCCUUGGAAGACAGGCCUCGUUCACCUCUCCAGACACUCUGCAAUGGAGACUUGUCUAGCUCCGGGGUGGCCGAGGGCAAGGUCCACUGUGACUGAGCCCCUCACUGCCACCCCUACCUUACAGCCUCACAGUCUGUGAGCACCAGGGACCCACAGCCCCGUGUGUGAGCAAACAGUGGACUCAUAGUUAUUCCAUUUUCUUGGAUAAAAGAAGUGCUAUUUCAGGGUUCACUUCAAAUGGUUGCUACCAUUUGAAAGUGCUAUAAGAUGAGGCUGCCUGACUGUAACCACUGGUACUGUUUUAACUAGAAAGGGCUGUAGAGGACACAUUAAUGUUAGGAUUGAAACACAGUUCGAAUUAUGUCAAAACAAAAGAAUAAAAAAGAAGCAAAAAACAUUAAAAUUUUUAAUUGUUUUUCCAUAUGUUUUGAGGUACAUUAUCUAAUAUCUGCGUUUAAUGUUUUCCCCAAUGCAAGUAUGGGGCUUAUCACAUAGAGCUCUUUUGCAUGCUAAGUGAAAAUUCAAAACCUGCCAAUAAAAAUAAUAGCUCACUGAAGAUAUUUUUACUAACAUUAGAUAUUUGGAGUUUAUUUCAAACACAAAAGCAUGAUCUUGACUUGUCAAUUACCACCAUAUCUUUCACCAGCUGCAAUCUCUGUUAUAUA